CAACCUGGGUGGAGGCCGCGGAGGAGGACCCCUGGCGGAGGCCGGGCCUGGACGGAUGCGCGUGCGCAGCGGACGCGCGGUUUGGCCCUGGACGGACGCCGUAGCCGAGAGGCUGGGCGGAUGUUGUGAGCCGGGGCGCCGCGGCUGGAGCUGGGGGAUCGACGUGGCAGGGAGCCCCUGAACAAAGUCGAGAUCUGCCUCUCAUCUGGGUCCUCAGCACCUGACGCUCGGCGUGGAUGUCUGGAAGGUUUACUAAUCAAAAGAGUGACCGCGUCUAAUCUGUCCUGCACUUGCUCUGAUGUGAGAGGGGCAGCGGUCACGAACGCUGGCGGAGGGCCUGCGGUGGGCGGCAGGGCGGGAGAGUCACCUUCCCGAGGGGCAGGCGUGGUGCGGACUGUGAAUGGGCAAGGGUGUGUGGUGGGAGCACAGGACCUGUUUGGGGUGAGAUAAGAGACUAGGCUACAGAGAAAGGAGUGUUGUCUAAGGCAGUGCUAGAGGGCCAGGCUCUAGACCAGCGCUGUCUAAUAGAACUUUCUGUGAUGAGGGAAAUGUUCUAUGUUUUUGGUGUCUACUACAGUAACCACUAGCCACAUGUGGCCACUGAAUCCUUGAAAUGUGGCUAAUAUAACUGAGAAAUUGAAUUUUUAAUUUUUUAAACUUUAGUUCAAAUUUAAAUAGCGACAUGUGGCUAUUGUUGGGACCCCACAGCUCUAGAUCAUUGAGGCUGGCACCAGCGACUUAGUGCAGCUUCUGAAGCAGCUGCAGCAACACCAUGAUAUGUGAGGGUUGGACAGCAGUGGGAAGACCAGUGGGGUCUGCUAUGAGGACUGGGCAGGGGUGGUGCUCUGACCGGGUGGGAGUCUGUGUGUUUGAGUGGAAACAAGAAAACUAGCAGGCCUUUGGAUAGGAGAAGGGAGGAUCCUGGAGCUGAGGAAGGAGAUCCUGGCCUUGGGUGUCAGCAAGACUUGUAGCUAGAGAUGGCACCAAGCCCUUGAAUGGUGGACUACACUUGGGGAAAGUGGUGUAGGGUUCUCUCUUCUGGAUAGGAGCUGGACCCAGUGUGGCUUACGACUGAGAAGGAUACAGGAGCUCUGCCCUUUGGCCACCUCACUUUGGACACUUUGGUCUGAUUUUCCUGGGGUUGAGGCAUUUAGUUUGGUUCAACAAACGUAUGUCUGGCACCUGCUCUCUGUCCAGCCCUGUGCUGAGCACUGGGACAUGGUAAGGCCCUGUCACAUGGGCCCAGACCCCACCCACCUUCCCAUGUAGGAAGCUGGGAGCCCCUACUUUGCUCUGCUCUGCGUUGGUAUGUGUGCGAGUGUGCAUACACCUGACCUCACCUGCUCCCAAGCUUUCCUGCCAUCCUCAGGACUGAGGUCAGUGUGGGGACCCUUUGUUGGCUUCGCAUAGACAGGCUCUGCCUCUGGCUCAGCCCCCAGGACCACUGGCUGCCCACAAGACAUGAAGGAUGGCGUUCAAAGGGGCUGGCGUGUCUUUCUCCCGCAAGAGCUAUAGGCUGACCUCAGAUGCUGAGAAAUCCAGGGUCACAGGCAUCGUGCAGGAGAAGCUACUGAAUGACUACCUGCACCGCAUCUUUUCCUCCCCUGACCAUGCACCCACUGCAGCCACCAGCAGGAAAUCCCUGAACUUCCAGAACCUACCAGAGCAUUUGGACCAGCUGUUACAUGUGGACAAUGAGGAUGAGGAGAACCAGGGACAGGUUGAAGGGCGGCUUGGCCCAUCCACUGUGGUCCUCGACCACACGAGUGGCUUUGAGGGGCUUCUUCUGGUGGAUGAUGACCUCCUGGGGGUGAUUGGACACAGCAACUUUGGUACUAUCCGCUCUACCACAUGCGUGUACAAAGGGAAAUGGGUCUACGAGGUACUUAUCUCCUCCCAGGGGCUCAUGCAGAUCGGCUGGUGCACUAUCAACUGCCGCUUCAAUCAGGAGGAGGGGGUUGGAGAUACACACAACUCCUAUGCUUAUGAUGGCAACCGGGUACGCAAGUGGAACGUGACCACGACGAAUUAUGGCAAGGCAUGGGCAGCGGGGGACAUCGUGAGCUGCCUGAUUGACCUGGACGAUGGCACUCUGUCCUUCUGCCUGAAUGGCGUGUCGCUGGGUACCGCCUUUGAGAACUUAUCCCGGGGCCUAGGCAUGGCCUACUUCCCAGCCAUCAGCCUCUCCUUCAAGGAGUCCGUGGCCUUCAACUUUGGCAGCCGUCCUCUGCGCUACCCAGUGACGGGCUACCGGCCCCUGCAGGACCCGCCGCGUGCUGACCUGGUGCGGGCACAGAAGUUGCUGGGCUGCUUCCAGGCAGUGCUCAGUGUGGAGCUGGACCCCGUGGAAGGGCAGCUGGUAGAAAAGGAAAGCUCCCACUGGCAGUUGCAGGGCCAGCCCACCGUCCUCCUCACACUGGCCCACAUCUUCCAUCGCUUCGCACCGCUCCUGCGCAAGGUGUACCUGGUGGAGGCCGUGCUCGUGAACUUCCUGCUGGGCAUCGUGGAGGUGGGCACCCCGACGAAGGCGCAGUCCGUGGUGCGCCAGGUCCUGGACCUCCUGUGGCUCUUUAUGGAGGACUACGAGGUACAGGAUUGCCUCAAGCAGUUGAUGAUGUCCCUGCUGCGGCUGUACCGGUUCUCACCCAUUGUCCCAGACCUAGGCCUACAGAUCCACCACCUGCGGCUCACCGUCGCCAUCCUGAAGCAUGAGAAGUCCCGCAAGUUUCUGCUUAGCAAUGUCCUCUUUGAUGUGCUCCGGUCCGUUGUCUUCUUUUACAUCAAGAGCCCCCUGCGUGUGGAGGAGGCUGGCCUACAGGAGCUCAUUCCCACCACCUGGUGGCCCCACCGCUCCAGCAGGGAGGGCAAAGAGAGUAAGGACAUGAAGGAUGAGAACCCCGAGGAGCGGCUACGGCGGCGUGCCUAUGAACGGGGCUGCCAGAGGCUCAAGAAGCGCAUUGAAGUGGUGGAAGAACUUCAAGUCCAGAUCCUGAAGCUGCUGUUGAACAAUAAAGAUGACAAUGGGGGUGAAGCUUCUAGGUACAUCUUCCUAACCAAGUUCCGAAAGUUUCUGCAGGAGAAUGCCAGCGGCCGGGGGAACAUGCCCAUGCUCUGCCCCCCUGAGUACAUGGUCUGCUUCUUACACCGGUUGAUCUCUGCCCUACGCUACUAUUGGGAUGAAUACAAGGCUUCAAACUCCCGUGCCUCCUUCAGUGAGGAGGCCUACAUCCCGCCCCAGAUCUUCUAUAAUGGGAAGGUGGACUACUUUGACCUGCAGCGCCUUGGAGGCCUCCUCUCACACCUUCGGAAAACCCUCAAAGAUGACCUUGCCUCCAGGGCCAAUAUCCUGAUCGACCCAUUGGAGCUCCAGGCAGCCACCAUGGAUGACCUGGACGAGGAUGAGGAGCCAGCCUCAGCUGCAGCUGCGGCCCAGCGCCCCAUGCAGGCCCUGGCUGUGGGGGGCGCGCUGCCCCUGCCUCGGCCCGGCUGGCUCAGUUCUCCAACCCUGGGCCGAGCCAACCGCUUCCUCAGCACAGCAGCUGUGAGCCUGAUGACCCCACGGCGGCCUUUGAGCACCUCGGAGAAAGUGAAGGUCCGCACACUGAGCGCAGAGCAGAGGACCCGUGAGGACAUUGAAGGCAACCACUGGAAUGAAGGCCUGCUGCUGGGGAGGCCUCCCGAGGAGCCUGAGCAGCCCCUUACCGAAAACUCCCUGCUGGAAGUCCUAGAUGGUGCCGUCAUCAUGUAUAAUCUCAGCGUUCACCAGCAGCUGGGCAAGAUGGUGGGUGUGUCCGAUGAUGUCAAUGAGUAUGCGAUGGCUCUGAGGGACACAGAGGAUAAGCUUCACCGGUGCCCCAAGUGGAGGAAGGACAUCCUUGCGGAGUUGACCAAGAGCCAGAAGGUUUUCUCGGAAAAGCUGGACCACCUGAGUCGCCGUCUUGCCUGGGUCCAUGCCACGGUCUACUCUCAGGAGAAGAUGCUGGACAUCUACUGGCUGCUGCGCGUCUGCCUGCGGACCAUCGAGCAUGGUGACCGCACAGGUCCUCUCUUUGCCUUCAUGCCUGAGUUCUACCUGAGUGUGGCCAUCAAUAGCUACAGCGCUCUCAAGAAUUACUUUGGCCCUGUGCACAGCAUGGAGGAGCUCCCAGGCUAUGAAGAGACCCUGACCCGCCUGGCUGCCAUCCUUGCCAAACACUUUGCUGACACACGCAUCGUGGGCACUGACAUCCGUGACUCACUGAUGCAGGCCCUGGCCAGCUACGUGUGCUACCCACACUCCCUGCGGGCUGUUGAGCGGAUUCCUGAGGAACAGCGCAUCGCCAUGGUGAGGAGCCUCCUGGCUCCCUAUGAGCAACGGCCCUGGGCCCAGACCAACUGGAUCUUGGUGCGGCUCUGGAGGGGCUGUGGGUUUGGGUACCGCUAUACACGGCUGCCACACCUGCUGAAAACCAAACCUGAGGAUGCCAAUUUGCCCAGCCUCCAGAAGCCGUGCCCUUCCACCCUACUGCAGCAGCACAUGGCAGACCUGCUGCGGCAGGGUCCUGACGUGGCUCCCAGCUUCCUCAACAGCGUCCUCAACCAGCUUAAUUGGGCCUUCUCUGAGUUCAUCGGCAUGAUCCAGGAGAUCCAGCAGGCUGCUGAACGCCUGGAGCGGAACUUUGUGGACAGUCGGCAGCUCAAGGUAUGUGCCACCUGCUUUGACCUCUCAGUCAGCCUGCUGCGUGUCUUGGAGAUGACCAUCACACUGGUGCCUGAGAUAUUCCUUGACUGGGCCCGGCCUACCUCUGAGAUGCUGCUGCAGCGUCUGGCACAGCUGCUGAACCAGGUGCUGAACCGGGUGACGGCUGAGAGGAACCUGUUUGACCGCGUGGUCACCCUGCGGCUGCCUGGCCUGGAGAGUGUGGACCACUACCCUAUUCUGGUGGCAGUGACAGGCAUCCUGGUGCGGCUCCUAGUGCAUGGCCCAGCCUCAGGGAAAGAGAGAGCCACAUCAGUGCUCCUGGCUGAUCCCUGCUUCCAGCUCCGCUCUAUAUGCUAUCUCCUGGGGCAGCCAGAGCCCCCUGCCCCUGGUACAGCCCUGCCUGCCCCUGACCGGAAGCGCUUCUCCCUACAGAGCUACACAGAUUACAUCAGUGUUGAGGAGCUGGCCCAGGUGGAACAGAUGCUGGCACACCUGACCUCUGCAUCUGCCCAGGCAGCUGCUGCCUCCCUGGUGAGUGGGGCCAGGUCCACACCACCCGAAUACACUUCAGCACAACUGUGUGCACACUACCUAAGCAUAGUCUAUGUCCACAUGUCUAAGCCUCCAACCCCAGCCCACUCUGCACUCUGCUCCCUGCAGCCCACCAGUGAGGAAGACCUCUGCCCCAUCUGCUAUGCUCAUCCCAUUUCUGCUGUGUUCCAGCCCUGUGGCCACAAGUCCUGCAAAGCCUGCAUCAACCAGCACCUGAUGAACAACAAGGAUUGCUUCUUCUGCAAGGCCACCAUUGAAUCUGUAGAGGACUGGGAGAAGGCAGCCAAUGCGAGUGCCACUUCCUCGACCACCUAGGCCUGCCUAGCCCACAUAGCAGGUGCCUCCACCCUUGAACCCAGACCCAGGUCAGGCCCUAUUUAUGAGUUCCCCUUGCCCUGGCCCCCAUCACCCCACCACCACAUCCACCCUCCCGGCCUGUGUGUAAACUCAUUGGCGGGAGCCCAGCCAUGCCCUAAUUGUGCCUGAGUUUGACCUUCAGUCAGGGCCACAGUGAGCAUUAAAUUAUUAUUCCAUA